AUGGAAAUUGUGAUUAUCGGCUCUGGGAUCAUCGGUCUUCUAUCCGCCCUGACACUGACUGACGCCGGUUACAAAGUGACGAUACUCGCUCGCGACCUACCGAAAGAUGACAGUCUAGAUUGGGCAAGCCCUUGGGCCGGUGCUGCAAUCUACCCUCAUCCAGAUACGGGUGGCCAGCCUCUCCAAGUAGAAACCUUCAAAUAUUACUGGGCUCUUGCGCACAGAGAUCCGACUAGCAGUGUCCAGGUGGUCAAAGCGACCGAAUACUACGAUGACCGAGAAAAUGACGAUAGCAUCUGGUAUAAGACCCUCGUACCACGAUACCGCCGCAUUAUCGCAAAAGACCUUCCAAGCGGCGCGAAGAUAGGCUUCACAUACCAGUCCAUGACAGUCAACCCGGCUGUCUUCCUCCCUUGGAUCAAGAAAGAGCUUGAAAGCCGGGGAGUGCAAUUUGUCCGAAAGACGGUCAAAUCUCUCCGAGAAGCUGAGCACAUUACCGGAUGCAGGGUGAUUGUCCACGCGUCGGGGCUAGGUGCUUCUGGCCUUGCAAAUGACAAGAACAUGGUAGCGAUUCGUGGACAGACGAUGUUCGUGGAAACCGAUUUCGAUGAGACUUCUUUGCACCAGGGUUCACAUUAUACUUAUGUUAUCCCGCGUAUGUAUACCGGUGGUGCGAUUAUGGGUGGUGUCAGCCAGCCGGGGAAUUUGUCGCGGGAAGUAGCUAGAGAGUUGCGGUCUGAUAUUCUUCAUCGGACGAGGAAGCUUUGCGAAGGCAGCUUUGAUUCUGUGGAUUUGCAGCGCGAUGUGAAGAGGGAUAUUGUUGGUUUUCGUCCUUAUAGAAAAGGUGGGUUUCGUCUUGAGGUGGAGGGAAAUGUUGUACAUGCUUACGGCUUUGGCGGUCUUGGAUACGCCUUUAGCUAUGGAGCUGCGCAAAAGGUUCGCGAGAUGGUCGAUUCGUUGGUUCGGAAACAGUUAUGA